CUGCAGUCGAAGAUCAGGAGAUAGUGUGCCAAUUACAGGGCUAUGGCGUAGCGUCGUCUCAGCUGAGCUGAGCUGGAUGCGGUCUGACAGAUAGCCUCGUCCGUCGGUCGCGGACUCGAACCUUGCCCACGUUAAGCAAGAUUGAAGAUCCCAGUGGAACCGAUCGAAAGAGUGGGAGACACAGUAACAUAUAAGCGUUACAGACCAGCCUGAAUAGCCUGUCCAACUUGAAGCGCAGCACAAGAACAGCAUGAGCACAGCAACGUAUAGUACUACCCAGGACUCGCUGAAGGUUGCGUUGGUCGGCGGAGGUGUGGUAGGACUGACGUGCGCACUGGGAUUACUCCAGAAGGGUGUCACCGUAGAGAUCUUCGAAGCAGCGGCCCAGUUCGGAGAAAUCGGCGCCGGUAUAGGUGUCGGUCCGAAUGCGGCACGCGUUCUUCGACGCCUCGGUGUCCUCGAUGAACUAUGUACUCAGUGCAAAGAACCGGGACUGACCAUGGGCGAAUUCUUGUUCUAUUCCGCAGAAGGACAGAAUGAGCUCUUGUAUUCGUAUCCGCUUACCGAAGGCGGGCUAGGCAACGGUCUUGGUGCCUAUCGACCUGCCUUUCUGGACACGCUCGUCAAAUAUCUGCCCCCCAGCAUUACGCACUUUCACAAGCGAUGCACUUCCAUCGAGCCGUCCACGACGAACCCUAGCCGCAAUGUGCUUCAUUUUGCCGAUGGAACUUCAUACGAAGCCGACGUGGUCAUUGGAGCGGAUGGGAUCAAGAGCACGGCUCGGUCGACUGUAACGGACAACGCGAAGUUCCUCCCGGUCUUCAGCAACACGAUUUGUUUCCGCGGCCUGAUUCCCAUGAAGGAGGCGCGAGCUGCUGGGUUCACCACGGAGUUCAAUGGCCGUCCUCUUUGUUUCGCGAGCAAGAACAGGCACCUCAUCGUCUUCAGUAUCGAAGGUGAUACAAUCAUUAACGUCGUUGCAUUUGCCGCCGACUAUACCAAGCCGAUCGGGACCGUUUCUCUGCCGCCUGAUGAGCCAUGGGUGAAGGUCGUGUCUCAGGAAGAGAUGUUCAAGGUGUUCGAAGGGUGUAGCUCUGAAGUCAUGGCACUGCUUGAGUGCAUCAAGGAGCCGAGCAAGUGGUCAAUCCACGUCGUUCACCCGCAUCUGGAGAGUUUCGUGAAGGGACGGGUGGCCCUGAUAGGAGAUGCGGCACACGGAAUGUUGCCGCACCUUGGAUCAGGAGCAGGCCAAGGCAUCGAAGACGCUUACAUCUUGGCCCAACUUCUCGGGCACCCACAGACCAACGCAGGCAAUAUCGAGGGAGUACUGGAAGCUUAUGAUCGCUGGGCUCGCCCGCGUGCACAAAUGGUGUGGGAGGGAAGUCUCAGGGCGGGAAAGAUAUACGACGGCUGGGGAGAUGGCGGGCUCAAUCCUGAGGGCGCCGCCAAGGAUCUCGGGACGCAGUGGGCACCGGUGUGGUUCCACGACGUCGACGACAACGUUCGUGCUGCGAUAGACGAGCUGAAGGCGGGGGGAUAUUCACCUCGGGGUAAAUGCACUUCCCGCGUACCCGAACGAUGGAUAUCACCUAGCUUAGCGUACUCACGAAUACAAAGGCACGAUGACAUGAACAAAGCAACUUAGAUUGCAUCGGCAUAAUACGGUCAUAGUACUGUAACAAGGCUCAUAG